AUGAUUUACUCCGCUCUUGAAUUCUACCUACUAGUCAGUUAUUUCAGCAAGGUGGGGGGACAGGACCGGCUGGGCGGCUACAGACGGAGGAUGACAGCGGUCACGUGGGCCUGUCAUCGUUCGGUAUACAAACUCCGUACAGUACUCCAGGUCAGCGGUCCUGAAACCGCUCAGGCCGGAGGGAAUACCCAGGAUCCUUCGAAUAAUGAAGCGCCCGAUGUGAUCAUGGGCUCGACCGAGAAUGCAGAUGUCGCGAACGAAGGCCACACAAAACAAAAUCAAGACGCCCCUCUACCGGAAACAGAAGCAGAAGCAGAACCGAAACCGGCUGAGGAACCAGCUUCGAUAAAGAAGAAGCCUGGACUUCAAUUUCUCGAUUUUCUCACGUCGCCUAUCGUUGAACUUGCUAUCGGGCCGAAAGAAGACCAGACAGUCUUGACCGCACAUCAAAGCCUGCUUUUAGAAUCUCCGCUACUUGCAGGGGCGGUCGCGGCCUUCAAGGACUCGAACUCUCGACGCAUCGAACUUCCCGACGAAAAUGUGGAAGCUUUUGGAUACUUCUUACAAUUCCAAUACACGCGCAAUUACUCGGCCGCAUCUACCGGGACCUCAACAGAAGAAGUCGUUGUAGGGGAAAUUGACGAUAGUGGCGAGCAGUUGUUAAAACAUGCACGGGUCUACACGCUAGCGGAGAAGCUUGGUAUCUCGCCUCUGAAGACCCUCGCCCAUUCCAAAAUUCACCGUAUCAACAGCACCUCCCAAGGUGAAAUAGCCUACGCCCGUAGCUUCAUUCUGGGCGAUGAGAAGUCAUGUCUUGCGUCACGAAGAUUUCAAGAAGCUGUGUCUUGA